AUGAAUCCGUUAUUCGGCCCCAACCUUUUCCUCCUACAGCAGGAGCAGCAAGGCCUUCCCGGGCCGCUGGGGGAUCCUCUGGGAGGCGACCACUUCCCGGGGGGAGGGGACUUGGUUCCAGCUCCGGUCGGCCCCGCUGCCUACUCGCCGCCCGGGCCAGGAGCAGCGCCCCCCGCCGCCAUGGCUCUCCGCAACGACCUGGGCUCCAACAUCAACGUGCUCAAGACCCUCAACCUGCGCUUCCGCUGCUUCCUGGCCAAGGUGCACGAGCUGGAGCGCCGGAACCGCCUGCUGGAGAAGCAGCUGCAGCAGGCGCUGGAGGAGGGUAAGCAGGGCCGGCGGGGUCUGGGGCGCCGCGACCAGGCUGUGCAGACCGGCUUCGUCAGCCCCAUCCGGCCGCUGGGGCUGCCCCUGGGCGCCCGGCCCGCCGCCGUCUGCACCCCGUCGGCGCGGGUGCUGGGCUCGCCCGCCCGCUCGCCCGCCGGCCCGCUCACACCGUCUGUAGCCGGCCAAGUGUCGUCCUCUGCGGCUCUCGCCUCCGCCACCACCGCCGCCGCCUCCACCGCCACCUCCACCGCCUACUCCCCGUCCGCCCGCUUCAUGCCCGGCACCAUCUGGUCCUUCUCCCACGCCCGCCGGCUCGGGCCCGGACGAGAGCCCACCUUGGUGCAAGGCCCUGGCCUGUCGUGGGUGCACCCUGACGGGGUGGGCGUGCAGAUAGAUACCAUCACCCCGGAGAUCCGCGCCCUUUACAACGUGCUGGCCAAAGUGAAGCGGGAACGGGACGAGUACAAACGGAGGUGGGAAGAGGAGUACACGGUCCGUAUCCAGCUGCAGGAGCGAGUGAGCGAGCUCCAGGAGGAAGCCCAAGAGGCAGAUGCCUGCCAGGAGGAGCUGGCGAUGAAGGUGGAGCAGCUGAAAGCUGAGCUUGUGGUCUUCAAGGGGCUCAUGAGCAAUAAUUUGUCCGAGUUGGACACAAAGAUCCAGGAGAAGGCCAUGAAAGUGGACAUGGACAUCUGCCGCCGGAUUGACAUCACUGCCAAACUGUGUGACGUGGCUCAGCAGCGCAACUGCGAGGAUAUGAUCAAGAUGUUCCAGAAGAAGCUGUCUCUGCACUUGUCUCCCAUUAAGGUCCCAACCAUGGGGGGGCGGAAGCGGGAGCGCAAGGCUGUCAGCGAGGAGGACCCCUCCCUGUCGGAGAGUGACGGGCCCCGCCAGCCCGAUGGGGAUGAGGAGGAGAGCACAGCCCUCAGCAUCAACGAGGAGAUGCAGCGCAUGCUCAACCAGCUGAGGGAGUAUGAUUUUGAGGACGACUGUGACAGCCUGACUUGGGAGGAGACUGAGGAGACCCUGCUGCUGUGGGAGGAUUUCUCAGGCUAUGCCAUGGCAGCGGCAGAGGCCCAGGGAGAGCAACAGGAAGACAGUUUGGAGAAGGUGAUUAAAGAUACAGAGUCUCUGUUCAAAACCCGAGAGAAGGAAUAUCAGGAAACCAUUGACCAGAUAGAGCUGGAGCUGGCCACAGCCAAGAAUGACAUGAACCGGCACCUGCAUGAGUACAUGGAGAUGUGCAGCAUGAAGCGGGGCCUGGACGUGCAGAUGGAGACCUGCCGCCGGCUCAUCACCCAGUCUGGGGACCGAAAGUCUCCUGCUUUCACUGUGGUCCCGCCUAGCGAACCGCCGCCACCGCAGAGCGAGGCUGAGGACUCCGAUCGGGAUGUCUCAUCUGAUAGCUCCAUGAGAUAGGGGCCUGGGGCCACCACCUGG